GCAGCCAAAAACAGCUCAGUGGGCCUGGAGAGAGCAAGGGAGGCAACGAGAGGCGCUUCACUGAGGAAGCUGCGAAAAUGGCCAGCAAAGCUAUGGACCUCAUCUACUGGAAGGAACUGGAGAAGACCGGCAUUGUGUUCACCGGGCUGGUAAUAAGUCUGCUCUGCAUGUUCCAGUUCACCGCCAUCUCCGUUUGGUCCAACUUCUGCUUGGCCAUCAUGUGCUUCACCUUCCCCGUGCGCCUCCUCUACAAGGCCGUGGAGCUCCUACGCAGGAAAAAUGUGGAACACCCCUUCAAAUCAUACUUGGAACGAGAUCUCAGCCUCACUGACGAACAGACCGUGUACUAUGUGGAGCGAAUUGUUCUGCUCACUGCCUCCGCAGUCAUGGAAAUUAAGCAUUUGCUGUUUGUUGGAAGUAUUUUUGACUCCAUCAAGUUCAUAGUGCUGCUGUACCUGCUGACGUAUGUUGGAGCCCAGUGCAACGGUCUGACUCUGGUGAUUGCAGGUCUGAUUUCUGUCUUCUCCCUCCCACUCUUCUACAAGCGGCAAGAGGAGAGGAUAAAUAAAUUAGUGAGAAUGGUGCAGACCCGUGUGAAGACGACGAAAGAAAUAACCCAAAGGGCCAAACAGACCGCAACCCCACCACCCACCUCUGCAGCCAAAGUCAAAGCCAAAGCCAAAUGAAGAGGGGAAAGGAGAUGCGAGGGCAGGCAUUAAAGGCUUUCACUCAUGUCUUAACUAACGGUGAUCUCUUGGGGGACUAAAGAAAGAGAAAGAAAGUUCUUGGGGUUGAGACAGAAGUGGAGAAUCACGUUGAUUUGGAAUUAGGCACAAGUAGGGAGGUGCGGGUUCGGAGUGAUUGCUUUACAAAAAUGGGUUAUGAUAGGAGCAACAUAUUAAAAAAAACUCAACGGUAUCUUGCUCCUAAUUUUACUAUGUAUGAAAUUGGCUUUUUUUUUUUUUUUUUUUUUUUUUUUUUUUUUUAAAUUAGAAAGAAGACAUACAAUCAAAUACUGGAACACUUUUAUAUUGUAUUUGGAAAAAUACAACAACAUAUCACAUUUUCAAA